UAUAUUACUCAUGACAUGUGGCUCAGUUAAUCAUCUUUUGACUCUCCCGACAUGAAAGAACAGACGCAAUUAUUGGAUAGUCGAUUGCUCUUCCACCGUAUCGUACAGUCAUAAAGGAGCAUUUAAAAGAACUAAAAUAUUUGCUUUUUACACCUUUUUUUUAUGUAUUAAAUAGACAAGAUUAGCACUUUAACCAAAUGACUUCACUUACAACGAAAGAUGAUAAAUACAACUGUAGCGUAAGCAAGUCGCGUUGUUCUGUUUGUUCAAGAGAAUUUUCUUCGACCUCUAACCGAAAUAGACAUGCACUUAAAUUUCACAAUGCUUCUCCCCCUGCAAAUGUUGGGCGACCUUCAUUAGGUGGAAGGAAACAAGCCAACCAUAGAUACUAUAAAAAAGUUACAGCUGAAAAAACCAGACCCAAAUGCGCAGUGUUCUUGACUUCAGCAAUGGAAGAGUCGAAGUCUUUGGAUAAAAGUAAUUUAGUGUCAUCGUACCAGACCAGCCUUAAACAAUGGCAAUUACAACUUCAAAAGUCUAGACAAAUUAUGUCUCUUCCAACUCUUAACAACUGGCAAUGCGACUCAAGCUACUGGGAGUUUCUAACUUUCGCACUCAUGACCCAUGAAGUACGCAAUUACGAAUUAUACUUCGAGCAUGAAGUUUUUUUUAACUCGACGUCUCCUUUAAGCGCCGUUUAUUCCAGCAAUAGCUAUACUCGCGAGCAUAUGAAUAUCUGUCAGAAGUUCUGGACUACUCCAACGUCUAAAUUCAACUGUUUACUUAAAGCCUAUUGCAAAGCUUUUACAGGGUACUAUUAUACCCAAUAAGAUAGUGUAUAUAUUGUCAAAUAAAAUAUUGUUGUUAAAGAAAAACGUUAAAAAACUGCUAUCACAGCCUCAACCAACAUAUAAAGCAACGUUACUGUACAUAGCAGUUUUAUAACAAAAAAAUUAUAAGUGGAAAGAUUAAUAAAAUCUUAAAUUUAUGUCA